AUGUUCGAAUCAUUACUUGAGAAAAUAUUGAAUUCUGUUUUAGGAAAAUUUAUAGAUGGCUUUGAUGCACAAAAUCUACAUAUUGGAAUUUGGAGUGGAGAAGUUACUAUAUAAAAUGUUUCAUUAAAAGCAGAUGUUCUUAAAAUGCUUGAAUUGCCAAUCAAACUCUGUUUUAGCCAUGUAGGAAAAUUGAAGUUAAAUGUAUUUUAAAUUAAAAUAAUAAUAGGUACCAUGGAAAUCCUUAACUAGUUCACCAGUUGAAGUUGUUUUAUAAGAUUUAUUUCUAAUAAUAUCUCUAGAGCAUCCUGAUCACUGGUAAUUUGUAGAUUACUCUGGUUUCUUAAAAAAAAUGGAAAUUCUUGAAAAAUUUAAAGAAUAAAUAAUAACAAGCAUAACAGAAAAGACAAAAUAAGAAAAAGAUAAAGAGGAUGGAUAUUUUAUGAAGUUUUUGUUCAAAAUAAUUGAUAAUAUAUAAUUAAGCAUAACGAAUAUCCAUAUAAGAUUUGAGGAUACUAUUAGAAAUGAAUUUGCAUGGGGAAUAUCAAUAAAAUCAAUUGAGACCUUCACUUGUAAUUAAGAAUGGAAAAAACAGUAUUUUGAUCGAACAAAAGAAGAAAAUGUAUAUUAAAAGAAUUAUAAAUAUAGAAAAAAGUGCCUUUAUAAAAAUUAUUGUAAUUAAUAAAUAUUGGUGCAUAUUGGAAUUAGCAAGAAAAAGAUUUAUUAUAUUAAAAAGAGAAGAAUGAAAUAUUAUAAAAGAUGACAGAAAUGGUUAUAUCAUAGUAAGAUCCAAAAGAACAUCCAAGAUUUGCUUAAUUUAUUUUAUUAUUGAAUGCAUAGGGUAAAUUAUUUUAGAAUACUUCUGGAAGAUUUGAUUCUCCUGAAUUUUCAUUUUCAUUAGAAUUGAAUACAAUUGAUUUAGCAAUAGAAAAUUUAUAAUUAUAAUAGUUAAUAAGAAUGGCAGAAUUAUUUUCAUUAUUUUAAAAUAGAUUAAAUAAAUAAAAGAAAUAGAAAUUAUAAUUAAGUUCUUAAUAGAUUGAAGAUUAGAAAUUAAUAUUUCUUAAUUUAUAUGAAAAAAUAUUAAGAAGUUCAGAUUAAACAAAUAAGGCUUUGACAAAGAAUGAGAAUGAUCUUUUUGAAUAAUCUGUAAGUAAUUUAAGUAUUGAUGUAUUAUGUGAAUCUGCUAGAGAGAUAAUAAAAGUAGUAGAGAAAGAAAGAGCAAUAAAAGAAGCUGAAAAUAAAAAGAAAAAGAAAGGAGGUUGGUUUAGUUGGGGAUCAAAAAAAGAUGAUAAUAUAAUAGAUGAGAAAGAAAAGGAUGAAUUAUCUAAAUUUAUAGAUUAAUUAGCAGAUUCUCCAGAUAUUAAAGAUUUAAAAAGACCAUCAGAUUAUGUAUGGUUAUAAGUUAAAGUUAAAUUAAAAUCAGGCUCUAUUUAUGUAUUAAAAUAGUUUGAAGCAAAAAGAGAAGGAGUAUAAUUAAAUUAUUCUGGAUUAAAUGGAUAAUUGGAAGUUAAGGAUAGUGGAAUGAUUGUGAAAUUAGGUUUAUAAUAUAUAGGUAUUGAUCUUGUAACAGAACCAAUUCAAAAUGAUGUUGUAAUGUAUUCUGAAUAAAAAAGAAAGAUAUUUUUAGAAUAAGUUAACAAAUAAUAAAAAUUUAUAGAUUUUAUUUUCGAAAUAAAUCCUAUUCAUCAUAAAGGAGUGGAUAAAUAUUUAAAAUUAGAAACAGGAUCUUUAAAAUUAAUAUUUAAUCCAAUAAUUAUAGUUCGUAUUUAAUAAUUUAUAGAUUUUUAAAUAAAAGAUGAGACUUUAAAAAAUGCAGCUUGGGAUUAAGUAGAACAUGCUUAAGAUUUAGCAGUAAAUUAAAUGGUUAAAACAUAAUUAUCUCCAUCAAUAUUAUAUGUAGAUGUGACAGUAAAAUCAACAAUAGUUUUAGUUCCAAUACCAGAAACAAAUGAAAAUUGGUUAUUAAAUUUAGGAGAUGUAUAAAUUCUAACACCAAAUUUAAGUGAAGUUCAUUAUGAAAAUUUUGAAAUAAAAUUAUAAGAUUUUACAUUUCAACAUUAUAAAUCAAUGGAAGAAUGUUAAAAAUGUAUAGUAAAUGGUAGUUAUUUAAAUAAUAUUGAUUAUUCUUAUAGUGUAAUAUAGAAUUUCAAAGUUUAAAUAAAUAGUAAACUUUUAAGAAGAAGUUCUAAUCCUCCUAUUGAUUUAUCAUUAUUGUAAAUAGAAGGAGUGCUUCCAUAAUUGAAUAUUUUUGUAAAUCUUUUAAUUUAUAAUCGAAUAAUUAAAAUAGCAGAUUGUUUUAUUGCACCAAUUACAGAACCAGAAGAAGCAUAAUUAAGAUAAUCAAGAAUGACUAUUGAAAAAGCUUAAACAGAAAGAACAGCUUUAGUAUAAACAGCUACUAAAGUUGGUAAAAUUUGGAAGAGAGGAUAAUUAUUAAAAUGGACAUAAUAUACUGGAGUAUUAAGUGGAGGAUAUAUUUAUUUAUUUGCUAAACCUAAAGAUGAAUAAGCAGAAUCUUAUUUCUGGGUUAGAAAUAGUGAUUUUGAGGAUGUUCCAUAAAAUGAAGCAGGAAUGAAUAAUGCAUUCUAUAUCAAAAAUAAAUAUGGAGAUACUUUGAUAGCUUUUGAUAAAUAAAAAAUAGCUAAUGAUUGGAAAGAAGCUAUUGAAGAAAUGAGAACUAUAUUAAAAGUAGAAAAACAUCAUGAACAUACACAUUUAAAUGAUAAUAAGAUUAAUAGUAAAGAAAAUAGACCUAUUAAAUUUAAGUUUGAAUUAUAAGGCUUUUGUAUGUAAUUAUAAGAUGAUAAAUCUACUAAUUGGUUAUAAGUAGUCAUUAGUGGUCUUAGUGCUGCUACAUCAAUAUUAAAUGGAUCAAUUGAUUUAGAUCUUAAAUUGAGAGAUCUUUAUGUAUAAGAUAGUGUUUAAAACUAUUUAAAUCCAUUAUUCAAGUUUAUAGUCAAAUCAGAUCCAGAUCCAUAAUCAAAUGAAUUAAUUAAUAUUACUGUUUAAUAAAUUAAUAAUAAAGAUAAGAAAUACAAAAAUAAAAAUCUAAUUUUUUAAGUCACUUUUGGUACAUUAUCUGUUAUUGCGAAACCUUUGGUUAUUGCUAAAUUAAUCCAUUUUGUUACUCCUCUUUAAAAAACUAAUUAAAUACAAGGAUAUCAAUAUUUAGAAUAAGAAAAGAAAAAAUAAGAAUAAACUAAAAAAGAAUUAGAAGCUAUUGCACAUACUACCAAAUUUGAUGGUAUGUAAGAUAUUAUUUUAAUGGAUAUUCAUGUUACUAUAAGAAGUAUCAAUGCAAUCUUAGUCCAUAGGUUUACUAUUUUACCAUUAGCUGAAAUUAAAAUUUAAAAUACUGAAAUCUCAUUAAUUAAAUAUGUUGAUGAAUUACAACUUAAUGGAACUCUUGGAAAUUUUUAACUUUUUGAUUUAACCAAUUAUCCAAACACACUAAGUUAAGAAUCUGAAUAUAAUCUAAUACAACCUAAAUAAAUGGUUGGAGUCAAACUUCAAUAAUAAUCAUUGCUUAAAAUGAAUCUAUUUCUAUAUACAGAUGGGUCAAUCAAAAUAGUCAAUAAUAUUAAUAUUAUUAUUCAAGUUGAAAUGAGUUAAUUAAUUAUAAAUGUUAUGAUGUAACCAGUCUUGAGAUUAUUAGAUUACACUCUUUAAUAAUUACUAUAUGCCUUAUAACACCCUUAAUAGAUAAUAUCUCCAAAUGCAGAAUUGUUAUAAAUAGCUGAAGAGGAUAUUGAUUAAUAUUAAAAUAAAAAAGCUUAAUAUUAAAAGCAAAUAAUAAAUUUAUCUGAUGAUGAAUCAUCAACUUUAAAAAAAUUAUUGAAUAAUCCUCCUGGAAUGAAGUUGGAUGUGAAAAUAAAUAAUCCUUAAGUGAUUCUUAAACCAAAUUAAGAUUCAAAUUAAUCAAUGGUUAUAGAUUUGGGAACAAUUUUAGUAUCAAAUUAGAGAAUAUUAGCAUAAGAUAGAGCCAAUACUUAAGAAAGUAUAUCAGUAUGGGUUGACCAAUUUUUAUUAAAUAUGAAAGACAUAUAAAUUUAUUAGUAAAAUGAUUCAGUAAAAAGAGAAUUUAGUUUGCCUUUUGAUUUUAACAUAAAAGUUGAAAUUUUCACACUACUUGAGAAAUAUUAAUUGAAUUAUCCAAAAGUGAAAUUUGAUGAAUAAUUAAAAAUAAAUUGUUUUGUAACACCAAUGAUAUUAUAAAUAACACACUCAGAUUAUAUGUUUUUAAUGAAAUCUUUAUUUCAUAAUAUAGCAUUUGAUGAUGGAUUUGAUAAUAUGAUAAGAAUAAAGAAUGCAGAAUAUUUUAAAGCUUUUUUUACCUAAUAAAAUCUUUAGUAAAUAAAACUAAGAGAAAUGCUUCUUUCUAAAAAUGAUUAACCUUAAAUAAAUUUUUCAUUAGACAUAGAGAAUUUCACAAUAUUUUUAUUAAGAGAUAUUUAACCAAAGCCAACCCCAUUUUUAAAAAUGAUGUUAAUAAUGAUGAGAAUAACAUUUUAAAAAUGUAAUAAUGGAACAAUGAAAGUAAAAUUAUUGAUAAGAGAUAUGGAAGGUAAUAUGUUUUAGGAGGAUUAAUAAUUAUAAGAAUUUAUUGAAUUACCAUUUAUAGGGAAUAUGAAUUUUUAAUAAAGAUAUACUAAAGAAUAAGUUACAAAUUUAAAUGGUUUAAUGAGAGGAAAACGAAAUUUAAGUAAUGCAGAUUAAUAAUAGAAUUUAGAAAAUUCUGGUUGGUUGAAUUAAAAUAUAAAAAGAGAGAAUAUUUUUAAAUUUGAAGAUGCUUUAAAUUAAUAAAUUGACUUGAAUACAUAAUAUAAAUUGAAUUUUUCAUUAUAAAUGACUGUGAAUGGUGAUAAAAUUAUAAUAGUAGAUUUAUCAGAUUUUAAAUUAUAAUUGCAUGCUGGUCCUCUUUUUGAAACACUUUCAUUAAUAGCUAUGGAUGAUCCAGAAUUAAAUCCAAAUCCUGGAAAAUUUAUAAAUAACUAAGAAUUUAAAAUAUAAUAAGUUUAAUAAUAAUAAUCGGGAGUAUUAUCAAUUAAAGUAAAUUUAAGAAAUGUAAUAACUUGUGUUCCAUCUUCAAUUGAAUCAAAUGUAUUAGCAAUAAAAGGAGUAUUUGAUAUUACAUUAAAAAUGUAUCCAUAAAAAACAUUAAAAUAAGUAUAAAAUGAAAUAAUAGAAAAGAAUAUUCCUGAAAAAGAUUGGAAUAAAUUAAAUAUUUUUAUGUCAUUAGAUGCUAAAUUAUAAAGAAUUGAAAUUUUUAUAUGUAAAAGUUAUGAACUUGGAAAAAAGGUUGAUUUUAAAUAAGUAUAAAAAAGAGAGAUAUUAUAACCUGCUGAUAUAUAAGUAUUUAUAGCAAGAAGUGCUGUUUUUAUUGCAAAUUCAAAAGAUUUUGGAAAUGAUUUUGAUAUUAAAUGUAGAAUAUCUCCUAUUAAUUUAAAAGUUUCAUUUAAAGAUUUACUUACAAUAAAAACUGGUUUAACAUAUUAAUUAAGUCAGAUGCCAAAAUAAAAUUCUGAAGAUAUUAAUUAAAAAUAGAAAAAUAAUGAAUUAUCAAAAUUAGAUGCUUCUCAUCUUGAUAAAUUGUAAAUGAAUUCUAUGAAAGUAGAUUUAGAAAUUGAUAAAACAAAAAUUAUUGUAUUAAAUGAUAUGGGAAAUACAUUUGCUCCAUUAUUUGAUUUGUAAGUAGAUUUAUUAAAAUUAAUAUUAUAAAAGAAACCUAUUUUAUUUGAGAUUAGUAUAUUAAUUCCAUUUGAAUUAAAUAAUUUUAAUCCAUAUACUUCUAGAUGGGAACCAAUAAUAGAGAAAAUUGAAUUUUAAAUUAUUUUCUUAUAAAGUUUAUUAGGAGAGACUAAUAAUUUAAUUACGAUUGAAUAAUUAAAAGAGAAUGAAUCAUUUAAUUUAACAUUAUCUACUGUGUGUAUUUAAACAAUAAUGAAAGUGUUAAAAAUUAUUAAUAAAAUGUUUAAGAAAAUAGAUCAUAGUUCAAAAAAGAGUGCUUCAAAAUCAUCAUUAGUAAUUGAAAAUGAGUAGAGUGAAGAGAAUUUAAUUUAAGAAUCUCCAUAUGCAAUUAGAAAUUUAACAGGAAGACCUCUUCAAAUAGAUUUUAUAGAUAAUCCAAAUAUUGAGAGAUUAAAUGUACCAAUGAAUUAAUAAUUAAAUUUAGUAUAUGAUGAUGAAAAUGAUAUGAUGAAUAAUAAAAAGAUAAGAAGAGUAAAUGUAAAUAUUAAAUUGGAUAAAAAAACAUUUCCAUUAAAUCGUAUUGAUUUAGAUAAAACAAAAGGAAAAUUGUAUGAAUAAGAUGGUAUAUAAGCAUAUGGUAUAGUUAAAUUAGAUAAAAUAUCUAGUUAAAAGAUUCUUGUAGUAUCCUCACCAGUCAUAAUUAUAAAUAAAACAAGCAAGACUAUUAUUUUAGAGAUAAAGGAUGAUAAAAAUUAACAAAUAUUUAAAUUAGCACCAUUGGAUAAUUAAUAGAAUAUGAAUAAUGUUGCUCCAAUUCCUAUAGGAUUUGAGAAUUCUAAAAUAUGUUUUAAAAUAGAUGAUUGUCCUUAAUUUUCUGAAUAAUUUAAAGUUGAUGCUUUAAUUAGAAAUUUAAUGUAAGGUUAAUCAUAGGUUGUACAUUCAAGAGAUGGAAUAAAUAUUUAAUUCAAGAUUUAUGUAGAUUAAGAUUAUAAAGAUAAAGUUAAAAUAGAAUUGUAGGCUCCUUACAGAAUAACAAAUUCAUUACCAAGAGAUAUUUAUGUUUAAAUGUUAAAUCAUAGAAAAGAAACUACAUUUAUAAGAAAAUUAUAACCGAAAGAGACAAUGGAAGAUUAUUAGCAUUUUUUACCUAAUUUAGAUAAAAAGAUUAAUACUUAUAUAAGAGUUUUAGUUUAAGGAUUUUAUUGGUCAAAUGAAUAUCAAUUAUCUGUAAUGUAAACAGAAGAAGGAUAGAAGAAUAAAGAUGAUUGUAUUGGAAGAUUGACAUUACACGAUGGAAUGAAUAAUUAAUUAAUAUUAUUAAUAUAUGAACCUUGGAGAUAAUCUGAAUACAAUUUAGCAACAAGAGAAUUUAUAAUAUAUACAACAGGUUAUAUAAUAAAUAAGAGUGGAAUGGAAUUACAAUAUUAUACUAGUGAAAAAAAGAAGGAUAUCGAAUUAAUUGCAGGAUAGAAUUCUAUUAAUACAGGAGAUUUAAUAGAUAAAAAUAUUAUUUUUAUAGGUCCAGAGAAUGGAAAUGUAUUAUAAUUAUCUCAUUCUUCUGCACCUUAUAAAAAAUCUUAAUUUCCUAUAGAAAUAUCCACUAUAGGUGAACCAUAUAUUGAUGUUAUUAAAGUAGAUGAACAAGAUUCUACUUAGUUUGUAUAAACAUAUUUAGGAGCAAAAUUAGAAUUAAAAGUAUGUAAUAAUAAACAUACUCUUUUUACUAAAGUGAUAACCUUAUAACCAAGAUUUAUAUUAGUAAAUAAUUGUGAUGAAGAAUUAAAUAUUACAAAUAAUGAUGGAAGUUAUAAUUAAGUUAUUUAACCAAAUUAAAGAACAAUAUAUUAAAUUAAAUAUAACCCUAAAUAAAAGGAUCGAUUUGAAUAAUAGUUUAUUACAAUGAAUUUAAAUAAUAGUAUGUAUAAUUCAAGUGGUAGAAUAAAUAUAAGUGCUAUUGGAAUUGUAAAUUAUUAAUUAAGACAUAAAGAAAAAGCAAGUGAUAGAUUAUAUUUUAGUUGUGAUACAAGAUAAGAAGAGAGUAGUUUAUAUAUAAUAUUCACUUAAUAAACACUUGAUUAAGCACCAUAUAAAAUAGAGCUUGAUGCACAAAUUUUAGAAUUAGAGAUAUUAGAAUUAAAAGUUACACUUAGAUAGGAUAAUUAAAUUGCUUAUUUUGCUUGGGAUGAUCCUUAAUUAAAUACUAAGACUUUAAGUGUAGAAUUAAGAGUUGCAGAUGAUCCUUAUAAUAGUUAUACUCCAUUUAAAUAUAAGCUUAAUCCAGAUAUUAUUGGAGUAUUUAAGAUAUAUACUUUUAGACCUAAAAAAGGAGCUAAAGUUGAUCCUAUUUCUGUUGCUUUAACUAUAAUGCCUUCAGGUAAUUAAAAACAUGUUAAAGUUGCUAUUGCUACUGAAGAAUAAAAAUCACUCUAUUAAUCUAAACCAAAAUAAGACUUUCUUAAAUCUGUUAAAGAAAAAGAGAAUCUUGGAAUUGAAGCUAAUGAAGAUUCUAUUAGAUAAUCAUAUUCUUUAUAAUAAUCUCGUUAAUCUUAAUAAUAAGAUACCGAUAAAAUUCUUAAUAGAAUUAAUCUCAAAGUUAAUUCAUUUUCAUUAUCUUUUGUUCAUAAUUCAUUAAUCAAAAAGAGACCAGCUGAAUAUUUUCAUUUUCUAUGUAAAAAUAUAGAAUUUGUUACUAUUUCUACUAAUAUAAGUUUAGUUCUUUAAUUAAGAAUAUAAUAUAUUAACUUUGAUCAUAAUGCAGAAUUUUUUGUUUAAUUUCCUGUUAUUUUAACACCAUAAAAAUAUUCAUUAUAUUAACCAAUAGAAAUAAAAUAAGAUUAAUAAGAAUAAUAAUAAUAAUAAUAAUCUGUUAAAUAAUAUUAAUAAAGUGAAAAAUAUUUUUUUAAUUUUUUAAUAAUGAAAGAUAAUAGAGUUUCAACAAUAAAUCUAUUUUAAAAUAUAACAUUAGAGAUAGAUCCAUUUGAAGUUAAAAUAGAAUAAUUAUUUAUAAAUAAUUUGUUAGAUUUUAUUUGGGCAUUAACAUCUUUUUAAGGAUUAAUAAAUGAAUAUGAUAAAAAUUAAUCAGUAAUAUUAAUGAAAUAAAAAUAAUCAGAUGUUUAAUCUUUCUAAGAUAAACAAUAGAGUAAUAGUUUAGCUUAAAUAUAAUCGGUAUAUUAAAUAAAUGAGGAAUGGAGAUAAAAAUAACUUCCAAAAGCAUAAUUACCUACUUAUAUAAGUGAAAUAAUAAUAUCUCCAAUAGCAAUAAAUGUUACAUUUUAAAUGACAGGAAAAGGAAAUUUAUAAUUAGCAUAAUCUGCUUUAUUUGCAUCAAUAGCAUAGGCAUUAGGUGUUGCAUUUACAGAUAUAAGUGAUGUUCCAAUUUUUAUAUCAGGUUGGAAAUUAGAUAAUUGUUUUGAUACAAUACCAGGAAUGUUAGGUAAAAUGAUGUAAUUUUAUAAAUUUGAAGGAAUGAAAUAAGUAGGUAAAAUAAUAGGUAGUUUAUCAAUAAUAGGAAAUCCAAUAGGAUUGUUUAAUAAUGUUUCAACAGGAUUUAAAGAUUUUAUUGAUAAACCAGCAGCAGGAUUAACUUAAGGUCCUUUAGAAGCAGGUUUAGGAUUAGCUUAAGGGGCUGGUUCUUUAGUAUCUCAUACAAUAAUGGGUGCAGUUAAUUCACUUAAUCUGAUCGCAGGUAGUGUAGGUGGAGGAUUAGCUAAUUUAGCUAUGGAUGAAGAUUAUUUAAGAAAAAGAGAAAAAAUGAAAAUGCAGAAACCAAAACAUCUAGGUUAAGGUUUAGGUUAAGGAGCAUAAUCAAUUAUGACAGGAAUUACAGAUGGAAUUGCAGGAUUAUUUUUAAAACCUAUUCAAGAAACUAAAGAAAAAGGUUUAAAAGGAGUUUUUACAGGAACAGCUAAAGGUGUUGCUGGCUUAAUUAUUAAACCAAUUACUGGAAUUUUAGAUGGUUUAUCAUCAACCGCUGCUGGUAUCUAAAAUACAGUUUAAUAUUUUGAUGAUAAACCUAAUGGUAAUAGAUCUAGAAAUGUAAGACCUGUUUAUGGAUUUGAAGGAUAUAUAACUGAAUUUAAUAAAAUUGAUGCUGAAGCUUAUGCUACACUUUAAUUCAUUCGUAGAGGUUAAUUAAUUAAUAAUAGAUUUGUUGCUGCAUAUUUUAUAAGUUCUGAAUAAGAUGGAUAUUGUAUGCUUAAUUUAACUAUUGAACAUUUUAUAUAUAUGUCAGUCAAAAAGAAAAAAAAAGUAUAUUAUUCUAUUUUUAUUUUAGGUUUGGAUUCUAUCUACUAAUGAAAUUGUACAUUUAGAUAUUUUACCUUCAGGUAUUAAAAUAUAAGUCAAUAAACCAUAAAAACAAUUAAAAGUUAAAUUAUAUCUUUAAUUUAGGAUAAAUAUAUUACUUAAUUAAUGAUAGAAGAAGAUUAAAAAUAUGUUAUCUAUCAAACCAUGUAGAACAUUUGGGAUUCUGUCAAAGCAAAUACCUCUUGA